AUGCCCACUGCUGAUGUGCCCACUGAUGACUUUGCCGUAGUCAGUGAUAAUUCCACUGAGGAAGAGCAGCUAAGCAACUCAGAAUUACAUUGCAAGUAAGUCUUCCAUUAGUGCACAGAGUGAACGUGUUUGGGUGAACGUAAUUCUUAAAAUUUGCCACUGUUUAAAGAAGGAAAACUCCUGACACACCCUUUUUACACACAAAUCUUGCGCUCAAACCAACAUGUCCUUUACUUGAUGUAAACUUGUUGAUGUAACCUGUUAUACUGUACUAUUAUUAACUUAUAGUUUCUUAUUAUCUAUUUUUAACUUUUUAUUAGUUUUAAUCUAGGGCUCCUAUUGAUAACAGAUAUACUUUUAAGUAUUCUGAAGGGAUUACCCUAGUUAAAUAAAGGUUUGCUACUGCUACUGCUAUGUAACAUGUGUAAACAACUAAAAUGAAAACAUUUUUUUACAGGGCUGUAAAGAUAACGAGAGUUGAAACCACUUUGAACGUGUUCACGAUUAUUUAUUUCAGAAAAAGAAGAUGGGCUGUAUACUAGCGACGUUUUCCUUGAUGCACUUUCUGCAUUUUGGAACUCUUUUUAUGAUUUGUGCACUAAUGGCAAAGACGAGAGAGUUCCAGUCAUCAGGCACGACUUGCAGGUUGCUGAGUGGGAGGCCAUAGCCAGAAUAACUGUCAAAGGGUAUCAACAAGUUGGUUUAAUUCCAAGUAAAUAAGGCAAAGCCUUUAUUACAACAGCCUUUCUCUUUGGCGUAGAAGUUGUAAAAGAAUAUAUUUCGUUGGAAUCCUUCCUAGCAUACCUCAGUAGUGACGAAAGAGAACUGGUUAACCUCUCUCUGAAUAGGAAGUUAGACAAAGAAUAGCAAAAUGAAUGGUUAGAUCUUCUGGAACGUUUUAACUAGGAGACUGUUCUCAAAGCAAAACAAGUCAAAGAUGUCGUCUUGGAGAUUGCCCACAAAGAGGUCAUUCAAACUCAAAGAUAUAUUGUAGACAGCUGGAGCACACCGUUGUCAGCAUUUCACCGCGAGUUUUCGUCAACAGAUUGCCUUCUGGAGAUGUAUGCACGAGGUAAACCAACCGACAAGAAGAUCAUCACCUUUCACGCAAACCUUAAGACCUGA